UCUGUAUAUCGUCGUUGUUUUCUUCUCCUUCGAAUCGCAUUCAAAUAGCGUAGCAGCGAUGGAUUUCGAUGCGUCUGCAAAUUCGAUCUCUCGAGAUUUCAUCUCGAUCCGUCGUCGAUUCCCGCCGUUACCAGGCGAUUGACGUCGUCUGUUUUUUGGUAAUCAAGGUUCUCAACUAGAGUUCCUGGAGGCACUAUGGGGCAUUUAUCGUCGAUGUUCAGAUCACUUUCAAUCAAGAGAAAAAACUUGACUAGCAUUUGUGAUGGAAAAGAGGCCGUUGAAACCAUGGCCAAGAAUGCCAAAAGAACCGAUAUGAUAUUGAGGACAUCAGGUGUUGUUAAUGUCGAAGGAUCCAACAAUUUAGCCUCCGUUUUUUCGAAGAGAGGAGAAAAAGGUGUGAAUCAGGACUGCUGCAUUGUUUGGGAGGAGUUUGGAUGUCAAGAAGACAUGUUAUUCUGUGGGAUAUUUGACGGGCAUGGACCCUGGGGACAUUAUGUGGCGAAGAGCGUCAGAGAGUCGAUGCCAUCAUCUCUUCUCUGCAACUGGCAAGAGACGCUGGCUGAAACUUCAUCUGAUUCGGAUUCAGAGUUGGAGUCGGAGAAAUUGCUCCAUAGGUUCAAUAUAUGGAACCGCGCCUACACGAAGGCGUGUGCUGCUGUGGACCAGGAGCUGGAGCAUCACCAGAAGAUCGACACAUUCCACAGUGGAACCACCGCAUUAACGGUUGUUAGACAGGGAGAUUCAAUUUUCAUAGCAAAUGUAGGAGACUCUCGGGCCAUACUCGGCACCACUUCAGACGAUGGAAGCUUGGUAGCAGCUCAGCUUACAACCGACUUCAAGCCCAAUAUACCUCAGGAGGCUGAGAGAAUAACUCAGUGCCAAGGCAGAGUCUACUGCCUAGACGACGAGCCAGGGGUUCACAGACUAUGGCAGCCCCACAAAGAAUCACCGGGGCUAGCAAUGUCCAGGGCCUUCGGAGACUACUGUGUGAAGGAUUUUGGGCUCGUAUCCGUGCCUGAAGUUACUCACCGGCACAUAACAGAGAAUGACCAGUUCAUCGUGCUGGCAACCGACGGCGUUUGGGAUGUUGUAUCGAAUGAAGAAGCAGCGGAGAUUGUACAGAUGGCUCCAGACCGGGAGAAAGCCGCGAAGCAACUGGUGCAGUUUGCGGCUCGGGCGUGGCGGCGCAAGCGGAGGAGCAUAGCCAUGGAUGAUAUAUCGGCCAUUGUAGUGUUUUUGCAUCAUCAGAAUGAGAGUGAUGAUGAUGGCCAUUGUAGUAGCUAAUACAACUACACCUGAGGUACUGAGUGAGUUUAUCAUUGCUACCCAGUGCUUUUUGUUAAGCAAUGUGGUGCUCUUCCUUAGUUUCUCCACUGUUUUUACAUUAUUAUUAUUGCCUGAAUGUAAAGUUUAUGUGAAUUUAUUUGAGGUAAAGUAGUAUUUUGAGAGAGAAUAAUAGUUUCUUAUUUUAUUGUGAA